AUGGAUCUUAAAAACGUUGGUGAUCUUCAAGCCUUGCUCAAUCUGUACAAACAGGAUCCAACACUACUGAGAUCAAAACAAAUGAGUUUCCUAAGGGAUUCAUUGGAGAGCAUGGGGGACACCAUCUCAGGGUUCCAGAGAAUUGAAGCUUUUCCUUUGAAACUUGGUAAAGUUGAAGGGAAACCAGCAGAUCAACUUACUAGUGAAGAGAGUGAUUUAGAGAUGGAUGAGGAUGGAAUUAUCAAACCAGAUGAAGAUGAUCCCCAGGAAAUGGGAGAUGAAAAUGUGGAGGUGACACUCGAUAUGAAAAGCAAUGCUGAGCAGAAGAACGAAGAGGCCUAUACUGCCCUUGAUACAGGAGACCUGCAGAAUGCUAUUGACCUGUUUACGGAGGCUAUCAAGUUGAAUCCCCUCUCCUCUCUCUUGUACACCAACCGAGCCAGUGUCUUUGUCAAAAUGCAAAAGCCCAAUGCUGCCAUUAGAGACUGCAACAAAGCCUCAGAGCUCAAUCCCGAUGAUGCACAAGCCUAUAAAUGGAGAGGGAAAGCGCAUAUGCUUCUGGGCCAUUGGGAAGAAGCUGCCGAAGAACUUGCGUUGGCCUGUAUAUGGGAUUAUGAUGAAGAUACCAAUGCCCUGCUAAAGGAAGUGCAACCCAGGGCCCUGAAGAUGAUCGAACACCACACCAAAUAUAAGAGAAAGCGUACACUGAAGAAUAUCCAGAAGAUCCAGGAGACACUAGACUGGAUUAAAAGUAUCCUGGAAGAACAAGAGAAAGCACAAAGUGAGGAGAAUACUUGGCAGUGGAUGACUCGAAUCUGUCAGAGGUACUUGGACUUUUUUAUGGCCAUAAUGGAUCCAAGGAUUAUCCUGGCAUGGCUGGAUGUGACCUGGAACCCGGAUAAUAUCUCCAAAUAUCGAGAUAACCACAAGUUUAUGAAGUUCAUUGGUCAGGUUGAUUGA